CGCUCAUCUUCCAGGCUGGCUGGGGUGGCGGGUUGCCCCACCGGGGUCGCAGGGGAGCCCUCGGGGGUCGGCACUUGGGCGGUCCCACUUUUGCCGGCCACCGCGGUGGCUGGGAGCCCCUGGUGAGAGCCCGCCGGGUCCGCCCUGGCCCUUGGCCGCCUGCCCCCAAGCCCCCGCGGCUCCGCCAGGGCCCCGCUCUUCCUCCUCCUCCUCCUCGCACGCCAGCUGGGCUGAUCUCCUGCCAUGACUCAGCGCUUCUCACAGGCCGCCCAGCCGGGCACACGGCUUCGCGCGGGCUCCUCCCGCCGCGUCCACCCCCUCUCGCCACCCACGCCCGCCCCCGGCCGCGAGGCCUUUCCCCGCGCGGCCGCCGCCGCAGCCGCCGCAUUCCGCGCCGGCGCCUCAGCAGCACAAGUCGCCCGCACCGCGCUCCAGCUCGACCUCGCUGCCCAGCCCUGCGCCAGCCAUGGAGCCCACUGCCCCGCGCCGCCGCCACACCCACCAGCGCGGCUACCUGCUGACGCGGAACCCCCACCUCAACAAGGACUUGGCUUUUACUCUGGAAGAAAGACAACAGUUGAACAUUCAUGGAUUGUUGCCACCUUGCUUCAUCAGCCAGGAGAUCCAGGUCCUCAGAGUAGUUAAAAAUUUUGAGCGUUUGAACUCGGAUUUUGACAGGUAUCUUCUUUUAAUGGAUCUUCAAGAUAGAAAUGAAAAGCUCUUUUAUAGAGUGCUGAUGUCUGACAUUGAGAAAUUCAUGCCUAUUGUUUAUACUCCAACUGUGGGUCUGGCUUGUCAACAAUAUAGUUUAGCAUUUCAGAAGCCAAGAGGUCUCUUUAUUAGUAUCCAUGAUCGAGGGCAUAUUGCUUCAAUUCUUAAUGCUUGGCCAGAAGAUGUCAUCAAGGCUAUUGUAGUGACUGAUGGAGAACGCAUUCUUGGCUUGGGAGAUCUUGGCUGUAAUGGAAUGGGCAUCCCUGUGGGUAAAUUGGCACUAUAUACAGCUUGUGGCGGGGUAGAUCCUCAACAGUGUCUGCCUGUCAUUCUGGACGUGGGUACAGAAAAUGAGGAGUUACUUAAAGAUCCAUUGUACAUUGGAUUACGACAGAGAAGAGUGAGAGGUCCUGAAUAUGAUGACUUUUUGGAUGAAUUCAUGGAGGCAGUUUCUUCUAAAUAUGGCAUGAAUUGCCUUAUUCAAUUUGAAGAUUUUGCCAACGUGAAUGCAUUUCGUCUCCUGAACAAAUAUCGAAACCAAUAUUGCACAUUUAAUGAUGAUAUUCAAGGAACAGCAUCUGUUGCAGUUGCAGGUCUCCUUGCAGCUCUUCGAAUAACCAAGAACAAACUCUCUGAUCAAACAAUACUAUUCCAAGGAGCUGGAGAGGCUGCCUUAGGGAUUGCACAUCUGAUUGUUAUGGCCAUGGAGAAAGAAGGCUUACCAAAAGAGAAAGCCAUCAAAAAGAUAUGGUUGGUAGACUCUAAAGGAUUGAUAGUUAAGGGUCGUGCUUCCUUAACACAAGAGAAAGAGAAGUUUGCUCAUGAACAUGAAGAAAUGAAGAACCUAGAAGCCAUUGUUCAGAAAAUAAAACCAACUGCCCUCAUAGGAGUUGCUGCAAUUGGUGGUGCAUUCUCAGAACAAAUUCUCAAGGAUAUGGCUGCCUUCAAUGAACGACCUAUUAUUUUCGCUUUGAGUAAUCCAACCAGCAAAGCAGAAUGUUCUGCGGAGCAGUGUUAUAAAAUAACAAAGGGACGUGCAAUUUUUGCCAGUGGCAGUCCUUUUGAUCCAGUCACUCUUCCAAAUGGACAGACCCUAUACCCUGGCCAAGGCAACAAUUCCUAUGUGUUCCCUGGAGUUGCUCUUGGGGUUGUGGCAUGUGGACUGAGGCACAUCACAGAUAAGAUCUUUCUCACUACUGCCGAGGUUAUAUCUCAGCAAGUGUCAGAUAAACACUUGGAAGAGGGCCGUCUUUAUCCUCCUUUGAAUACCAUCAGAGAUGUUUCGCUAAAAAUUGCAGUAAAGAUUGUGAAUGAUGCAUAUGAAGAAAAGACAGCCACAGUUUAUCCUGAACCACAAAACAAAGAAGCAUUUGUCUGUUCUCAGAUGUAUAGCACUGAUUAUGACCAGAUUUUACCUGAUUGUUAUGCUUGGCCUGCAGAAGUCCAGAAAAUACAGACCAAAACUAACCAGUAGCAUAAUAGCCAACAUUUUUAACUUCAUUAAUGAAAUCUUGAAGUCUUCCGUAAUUUUUGAAGGUUAGAAUCUUUUAUGAUGAUUCAUAACAUGAUUAGAUUGAGAUACUUUAGUUAAAAAUUUAUAGAAUAGUAAUAUAAAUUAGGAUAAACUUCAUACUAGACAAUUUUGCUUCAUUUACUUUCUGGUUAUUUAUAGUUUCUAUCUUAAUUAUUCUGUCCAAAUUCUCUUUUACAGCUGUUGUACCUACUACUGAGAAACUCAUUUUUACAUAAGAAAUUAAUGGGAAGACCAAAAUUAGUAAUAAAUUGAUAUGAUCAACAUUAAAACCCA